ACAUUACAUUGCGGCGGCCAUCAUCAUCGCGUGCACCUUGAACAUCCAACGCAUACCGCUGCUACAUCUCGAUACGGCUACUCUACUACUCUACUGCUACAAGCAUCGCGGCGCUCGCCCAAACCCCACCCAACUCCCCCUACUACCCCUUGUGGUGCCACCUACAGUACCGCUGCGCGCCGCGCCUCUCCCGCCCGCGUGCCCAAUUCCGGCCCAGUCCCUUUACCUGACAUUUCAAGUGUGCCGCUGGUGCUCACUCUCGCUGGCACGACGACUGUGCAACCACGACAACUCGAUCCACUCCUAUACACAUACAUCCUUCUCUCUACAUCUAAUCUCACUUGCAUAAACACACCCUCUCGCACAACCACCACCACCACUAUUCACCAUGGCUGAGGGAUCCAACUACGACUACCUUUUCAAGGUCGUGCUUAUCGGUGACUCGGGCGUCGGCAAGUCCCGUGCUAAACAAUUGCCCCCCACAGUUCUCUCUCGUUUCACCCGCAACGAGUUCAACCUCGAGUCCAAGUCGACGAUCGGCGUCGAGUUUGCCACCAGGAGCAUCAACGUCGACGGCAAGACGGUGAAGGCGCAGAUUUGGGACACUGCUGGACAGGAGCGCUACCGUGCCAUCACCUCGGCGUACUACCGCGGCGCGGUCGGCGCCCUUCUCGUCUACGACAUUGCCAAGCACUCGACGUAUGAGAAUGUGACCCGCUGGCUCAAGGAGCUCCGGGACCACGCCGACCAGAACAUUGUCAUCAUGCUCGUCGGAAACAAGAGCGAUCUUAAGCACCUCCGCGCCGUGUCGACCGACGAGGCCAAGGGCUUUGCCAGCGAACAACAGCUGUCGUUCAUCGAGACUUCGGCAUUGGACGCAUCCAACGUCGAGGCCGCUUUCCAGAACAUCCUCACUGACAUCUACCGCAUCGUCUCGUCCAAGUCGCUCGAGUCGGGAGGCGACGUUAUCAAGCCUACCGACGGCCAGACCAUCAUUGUCACGCCCACGGCCGACGACGGUGGUGCCAAGCAGGGCGGCAAGUGCUGUUAAUUCAGCGCGUGGCCUUUGCAUUUAGACCCGGUGUUAAUGGCAGAAGUGGAGGAGGCAUUGUGUGUGAGCGAGAGAGAGAGGGCGAGAGGACAGGCGACGAGGAGGCGUAGGCGACACUUUUCACGACCUGUAAUGGCGAAGACGAGUGGCCGUGGCGGCUCUGCUGCGGUCAUUGUCAUCUCUGUCGCUGUUGGGAUCCGGCACCACACUGGCUUGUGAGAUUCAUGUGCCCUUGAUAGAAGGGGCGUCCCGAUGUGGCUCUACAGCUGGCGAAUGUACUCUUUACAUGG